ACAGUUUGGGACCUUGACGGCGACUGGAUGACUAAGAUCUCUACCCGCUGUUGCUCUGCUUCCUACGGCGACGAUGACGCUCUGCGCGGGGUUAGAUGAAUCUCCGACGGUCUUGCUCGACAGAGUCACUUCUCCUUCAGCGGCGACGACGGCCAGUAGUGUAACGACUCCUCUAUGGCGGGGCCUGGACGAAUCUGCGGCUGCUCCUACGCGGUUGACGGCAGGAGCGGCGCCUUCUCAGAUUGUUGCCACUGUUGACAGCUGCAGAGCCGCCGCCAUGAUGGUGCCGCCGGACAGAAACUCGAAGUUAUGUGAUAUGGCAAAAGACGGGAAGUUCCGAAUUGAGAAGUUCGAUGGUACAUAUUUCGGUUGGUGGAAAAUGCAAAUUGAAGAUUUGCUAGUUCAGAAAGAUUUGGACGUGGUUUUGGGUGACACGCCAGAAAAAAUGUUGGACGCAGAUUGGGUAGGUUUGGAUCGAAAAGCUAUGUCCGUGAUUUGUCUCUCGUUGACCAAGAAUGUUGCGUUCAACAUUCGGAAGGAGAAGACAGCGAAGGGAAUUAUAGAAGCGUUGUCUAACAUGUACGAGAAGCCAUCUGCAGCGAAAAAAGUUUUUCUGAUCAGAGAGCUGGUGAACACAAGAAUUAAAGAAGGCACUUCAGUUACCGAGCAUAUCAAUAAGCUGAAUUUGAUCUUAACCAGACUUGUGUCAGUGAAGAUUAAGUUCGAUGAUGAACUUCAAGCUUUGCUACUACUAUCGUCUUUGCCUGAUAGUUGCAUUGCAGAAUCUGGUUAUUGGAGACUUUGGAAAGGUCGACUUGCAGACGAUAGAGCUCUUGAGGUGACGGGAAUGGGUGACAUGGUGUUGAGGACCCCAGUCGGUUUCUGGACUUUGAAGGAUGUCAUAGUGGUUCCAGACUUGAAGAAAAGUUUGAUUUCUGUGAGGCAAUUGAACGAACAAGAACAUGAGGUAAAGUUCGGAAAAGGGCAGCGGAAGGUUGUAAAGGGAAAUCUUGUCAUGCCCCGCGGAAGGAAGAGUGGUUCGUUGUAUAUGGUCGAGUUACCAUCUAAGGGAGUGACCGCCCCAGUUCAGAAGAGAAACAAAGUCUGGUUCACAGUCUCGUGGGCAGAAUAAGCGGACCGGUGUGCCACUGGAUUGGUAUUCGAAUAUACAACAUUUUCAAAACAAUUUUAAACAAACGUUCUAUCAAUACAUAUAAAAAUCCAUCGGAGUAAUUUAAAAUAAUGCGGAAGCCUUUUUAAAGUCAAACAACUUGGGAUCUUGCCCGAAAACGUAAUAAGCAUUAAAGUUAAUUAAAUAAAGCAUAAUCAACAGAUUAAAGAGACAGCCACGCC